AAAGUCAAGUUCCAGUCUACGAUAACGACACUGAGCUCUAGAGACCGAGGCCAAACCAGAGGAAAGGAGUUUUGCUUCAAACGUAUCCACUAGGUGAGAAGAAUGGGAGACUGGUCAUUUCUCUCCAGGCUCCUGGACAAGGUGCAGUCCCACUCCACGGUCCUGGGAAAGAUAUGGAUGAGUGUUCUGCUCAUCUUCAGGAUCCUGGUCUUGGGUGCUGGGGCUGAGAACGUGUGGGGGGACGAGCAGUCGGGCUUCGUCUGCAACACGCAGCAGCCCGGUUGUCAGAACGUGUGCUACGACUACGUCUUCCCCAUCUCCCACAUCCGUUUCUGGGUGAUGCAGAUCAUCUUCAUCGCCACGCCGACCCUGAUAUACCUGGGCCACGUCAUGCUCGUCGUUCACCAGGAGAAAAAGCUGUGGGACCAUCUGAAGGACCAGGAGGAGAAGGGGAUCAUCAAGAGGCCCAAAUACACUGACAUCAAGGGGAAAGUGAAGAUCAAGGGCAACUUGUUGGGCAGCUACUUGACGCAGCUCUUUGUCAAAAUUGUCUUUGAGACGGGAUUCAUCGUGGGCCAGUACUACCUGUACGGGUUCGUGAUGGUGCCCAUGUUUCCGUGCUCUCGGAAACCUUGCCCGUUCACGGUCGAAUGCUACAUGUCCCGGCCGACCGAGAAGACCAUCUUCAUCAUCUUCAUGCUCGUGGUGUCCUGCGUGUCUCUGGCCUUAAACGUGGUUGAGACCAUCUACAUGCUCUGCACACGACUGAAGUGCAGAUCCAGAGGUCGGAAAGGGACACGCCAAAUCACUUCGGCCAAGUACCCCAACAAGUUCACGAUGCCCGAAUGGCAAUCGCGCAUGGAUAAGGAAGAGGGUGCCCUCCAGAACAAACUAAAUCUGGAACUGGAGAGUGGUCAGAGCCCACCUCAGAGCCUGCAAGGUGCUAGUGAUACAAAACUGUUACUGAAUAAACACUAGAUGUGUAAUAUUUAUCAAUGCGAUUCAAAUUCAGAUUUAACAUGAUAUGCCUAUAUGCAACUUAAAUGGAAAAUUCGACUGGGAUAAAAUAUUUUGACAAAAAUUUCACAGCAGAAUAAAU